AAUGUAUAGUUUCCAGCAAAAUAUAAACUAUAAUUCACCGAACUGUCCAUUGAAAGACAGAUACAUAUUUGACUGGAGUAUAUUUCUUUUGCUUUAUCGAAGCUUUUAUUCUGUUAUCUGUCACAUUGACAAAUUCGCUUGCAUGAACGGACGAGAAUAAAAAGAAAAAGGAAAUUAUGGUUUGUCAAAAUCCACUUAAUCGCACGAUAAAAUUUAUGCUCACUUUGAGCGGUACUUGGCCAGGCGCAUCGUGCAUUCUGCCUUUUAGAACGUUUCUCGUCGUUUCAGUAAUAGUUACUACUUUCUGUAAUUUACGUUACUUUAUGAUACACAUGUAUACUGGGACGCUUGGGAACUUCAUAGACUGCCUGUCUAUCAUCUUCGCACAUUUCAAGGUACUUUUUAAGUGCCUCACAUUGUGGUUUAAUCAGCGAAAAUUCAUAGAAAUCUUGAACAUGAUGAGGGAGGAUUGGAAUGAUUGUACCAAUAACGAUGUCAGCAUGCGCAUAACAGCGAGCAAAGCGAAAUCGUCGGAACGUAUUACAUAUGUGAUUGCCAUUCUUCAAACAUUAUCAGUUCUUGGAUACAGUAGCGGUCCGUUGCUGGCCAAUAUCGAUGUCACUAAUAACACGACAGAAAUACUUUUCAUUACCAAGAUGGAAGUCCCCUUCGACAUAAACACGCAACGCACAUAUAGACUGCUUUUAAUGGCGGAAUGUUUUACUCUGUUCAUAUACUCCUGGUCGGCUGGUGCAAUAAAUUGUCUGUUAUUAAUUCUGACCUUGCAUAUAGCUGGCCAAAUCGAUAUUGUGUGUUAUUGGUUGACGCAUGUCGCACCCUCCGGAGAUGAGAAUAAAGAUGAAUCAAUCACCAUCGCAACGACUAAAAUUAUUCAGAAGCAUAAAAAGAUCAUACGCUUUUCGAACAUUGUCGAAACCCUUUUUGCGUAUAUUACGCUGAUGCAGUUUGUGUUAAACACGAUAAUGAUCUGCGCGCUAGCUUUCCUCGUCGUAUCAGCAAUCGGCACCCCCGAUAUGAAACAGUCAAUAGUGAAAUGUUUUUUCUUUUAUAUUGCAACGAAUCUCGAAGCAUAUAUAUUUUGUUUUUCUGGAGAACAUCUGCAAAAUAAGAGCAAAGAGAUUAGUCUUGCGGCGUACAACUCUGCAUGGUACGGUAUGAAAUUAAAAGACAGUCGUAUCCUAUUAUUUAUCAUCUUAAUAUCACAAAAGCCACUGACACUUACAAUUGGAAAGAUGACGGAUUUAUCCUUGCAAUCUUUUACAAAAUAUAAUAUUCUUCUAGAUUAUGAAUGCUUCGGGAUCAUAUCUGUCGAUCCUAUUGGCGAUGCGAUAAACACGGAAUCGUUAAUUUUUUAGCAACAGUAAAAACAACUAUUAUGAGUUAUACAUACAUCAGUAUUUCCAGAAAAUCGUGUCGUAAUACAGUAUUUUUCCCUAAAUAUGUAGGAUGAUAAGCUAAAUCGUUCUCUCUAAAAUUACAAUACAUCAUAAUGUAACCAGAUUUCGCGUAAGCAUUAUAUAAAUCAUGAAAUUUUUCCUUGCAUAAUUUAAGGUAAAAUGUAAAAAUGUUUUAUUAUUCUCUGCAAAAGAAUUCUUCUAUCUGUAUGUUGGAUAUAAAACAAUAAAUGCACUAAUAUUAUUUUAUACAUAGUUUCUAACAGACAUUUCCUAUAUAUAUAUUAUACGAAUAUAUUUUAUAUAACAGAAAAAUUAGAUAACACUUGUACAAAAUCAGAGAAAUUUCAAAAAGAGAUAUUCACUACAUAAUGUUGUCACGAAUCAACGUACGUAAUGUAAUACUAUAAGACUAGAUAAAAAUUGAUAGUAAUAUCGCCAGCGCAACGGCACUGCCACUAUUCCAUCUUCUGGUCGAUUUCCAGGAAAGACUGUGAUGCCGUGACGAAAAAAAAUCGAGGAUAUUCUCUCCGUGGGACGAACCAC